CGCAUGGGCGAUCUGAAAAGUAAAGGUUUCGCUGGCUUCUUUCAACGAUUCAAAAACACAUACUUCCCAGCUAUAUCAGAGACAGAUACCAGUAUGCAAUCAAAUUAUGAAGGAUAUCUAGUUCCACAAAAUGAAGAAAUAUUAUCAACGUAUUUAAGUGUAGGACCUGGAAGAGGAGAAGAAACUGAUAAUGAUUCUGUUAGACAUAAGAAACGAAAAUGUUGCGGUAAGCCUUGCUCUACUUGUUGUAACUGGAAUAAAUGGAAAAAAUUGAACUGUAAUUUAUAUUGCUGCCACGAUCAAUAUGAUUCAAAAGAAUCUUACCUCACUAUAAACAGGCCGAUGUACAGAGAAGAUAUUUUUUAUCAGGGCUCUCUCUAUCCGUUGUCCCAGUAUUCGAGAAGAGGAAGUCAAAUAUCUGGAGCCACACAAAGGGUUUUGCCACAAAACUUGCCUUCAUUGGCCUAUACGCUUUCAGUUUCAAGAUUGGCGACUCGCAGUGACAUGGCACAACAGAAUCGGUGCCUGUGGUGUCCCGAUGCCGUCCUCAGGACUUUGGCUACACUACUAAACUACGAAAUGUUGAAGUCGCCAGCGUUCUUGAUACUGAUGGUGAGCGGCUCCUUAACUCUUAUGGGUAUAUAUGGAUGUUUGAUAUACGCCCAAGGAAGAGGGGUGGAAAUAGGAAUUGAACAGGGAACGGCCGCCAUGUUGUUGUCCGUGAUAGGCAUUGCUAAUACGGUUGGCAGGAUAGCGUGUGGAGUUGUUUCUUGUUUUCCAGUUUUAGAUAUAAACCUUAUAACGUGGACGACGCUUAUUGUCGGUGGAGGGGGUACAAUAGUAUCUAUAUACUUCACGACUAGUUUAGGCCAAAUAUUAUACUGUUCAGUAUUUGGUGUAACAAUAGCUUCCUUUGUUGUGUUCAGAACGAUUAUGUUUGUGGAAUUUUUUGGACUGGAAAAUCUCACCAAUUGCUUCGGUUUGCACAUGAUAUUCCAAGGAAUAGCCGCCUUUGCCGCUCUUCCCGUUAUCAAUGCGAUCUACAGCUCGUUUAAUACUUUCAAUGCGGCGUUUGUUUUUUCUGGAAUUAGCAUUUUAUUAAGCGGAUUAAUUCUGAUUCCAUUACGACGUAUAAUAAAGUGGGAACAUAAAGACGAGGUUCCUUCGUAGUAAAUGUUUUGGUAGUUAAAAAUAUCUACCGUUUGCUUCAUUAUUUAAAGACGAAUCUCAAAACAUGUUUGUGACUGGUUGCACAUUAUUAGAACCAAUGACUAAAGAAUAUAAGGACAUGU